AGAGCAGCGUCGAACGAUGAUCGUGAACAAUUCGUCAGAGCAUGUAACCAAUUAUUCUGGACAUUUUUCAAUAACAUCGAAUGAACGCUUUUACACAGAAACUACUAUGAUGAUUCUGGCACUAAUUACUAAUGGUUUAGCCUGGAUAGUUGCCAAGCAAGCGCAGGGUCAGCAUACAGCUUAUCAUAUCCUCUUUUUGAAUUUGGCUGUGUCAAAUAUUUUAUGCUCUUUUUCAUCUUGGUGUGGAAAUAAUAUAUUCAUUUCUCAAAUUCUUACUGGUCUCUCUACAUGUGUAAAUAUGCCUAUAAUAACUGCUAUUCAAAACUUUUCGGUUUUAGCUGGUUGUAUUGCUGGUUUAACAAUUUUAGGAUUUACAAGUAUUCAAUUUCUGGCUAUUUGCCGACCUCUGCAUCACGCACGGCUCGUUAGGAGAAAGAGAAUCUACAGCUUUUGUGCUAUAAGUUGGAUAGUGGUAGUAGUCAUACUUGUGGUAGUGACAUCUAUAACAGUCCGAUUAUGUCGAAGUUGUAAAAUCAGAAAUGAGAAAAUAGCACUUUUAAGCUAUAUUGUUAAAGUGGUUGUAAACAUUGGAGUAACGACUCUGGCAUUGAUCUAUUGUUUAACUAUAAUUCUUUGCGCAAGAAUAUUUACAGAAAUUCGUGACCUCCGUAGGCGAUUGUCUCAAUUUAGAUUUGAUCAGGCAAUUGAAGGAGAACGAAAGGCCUUUGUAACAAUUGUUUUUCUACUAGCUGCCAUGACAAUAUUCUUUUUACCAUAUACUAUUUUACAUGUGUGGUCCCUCAAUUUGGAUGAUCAUGAUCUAAUUCAAAAGCCAGCUGUCUUCUUCUUUAUGACCACUUUACCCUAUGUUAAGUUCCUUGCCGAUCCUUUUAUUUAUGGAAUGAGAAUGAAAGAGGUAAAGGACGUCUGUAAGAAAAUCCUUAUCAGGUGUGGAAUGGAUAGAUGUUACAGAAUAAAUGGGAUGACGCCUGUUCCGACACAUAUUCCAAAUCAUUCAAUGGCCACUACUCAUUUGGCUGUCACUUGUCUUUGAGAUAGUAAUGGGAUAACCUUGUCCAAUUACAAAUUAUGUAAAGUCCAUCUAUUUCUCUUAUUAUUGUAUAUAUCUAAUAUAAAUUGAUCUAUAUGUUCAAUAUAUUUAUCUACAGUAUAUAUAUGUAGA